CGGCCGGCUCGAGCGGGGCCGGGGGUGCUCAUGGCGGGGGGGGGACCCGGGGACCCGGGCCAGGGGGCGGAGGGGGCGGCCGCGCCCGAGACCCGCGAGCACCUCUUCAAGGUGCUGGUCAUCGGCGAGCUCGGCGUGGGCAAGACCAGCAUUAUCAAGCGCUACGUCCAUCAGCUCUUCUCCCAGCACUACCGGGCCACCAUUGGGGUGGACUUCGCCCUCAAGGUCCUCAACUGGGACAACCGGACGCUGGUGCGCCUGCAGCUCUGGGACAUCGCGGGGCAGGAGCGAUUUGGCAACAUGACCCGGGUAUACUACAAAGAAGCUGUUGGUGCUUUUGUAGUCUUUGAUAUAUCAAGAGGUUCCACGUUUGAGGCCGUCUUAAAAUGGAAAAGUGAUCUGGAUAGUAAAGUCCACCUUCCAAAUGGCAGUCCUAUUCCUGCUGUCCUCUUAGCUAAUAAAUGUGACCAAAAAAAGGAUGGUGGCCAGAAUCCUCCCCAGAUGGACCAAUUCUGCAAAGAACAUGGUUUCACUGGAUGGUUCGAAACUUCUGCAAAGGAUAACAUAAACAUCGAUGAAGCAGCCCGGUUCCUCGUGGAGAAUAUUCUUGCAAACCACCAAAGCUUUCCUAAUGAAGAAAACGACAGGGACAAAGUUAAACUGGAUCAGGACACCUUGACCGCAGAGAGCAAGUCCCAGUGUUGCUGACAUGGCUUCUGCUUCUGUCCCACGAGCAGAUGCAGCCUGCCUGGGCUGGAGCCAGGCCUGAGUAUGGAUAAGGUGGCAGAUGUGCUGUCCUGUGAGUCUUCCCAGGGCUGCACUUUAAAGGAAUGCUCUGGUUUUUCCUCAGGUUGGAUAUAUCUUUCUCCCUGUUCUGAAUGACAGUGACAGCACCCCCGGGAGCCUGGCCCACACAGGGCUUUUCUGGUGGUUGCCAUAAGUUCAGGAUAAUGUUUACAUCCUCCGUAACAUCUUUUUAAAUGAUGUCUCUCCCUCAGCCCCCGCCCCACCCCUUUACCAACUUCCAAGUUGUGCCUUGUGGCGGGAGUGCUGAGGUGAGAAACCGGACCUACAGUCUUUGAGCAAGGCUGUGGGGCUCUGUCUUGUCUCCAUAUCCUGGUCUCACUCUCCAGGCUCUGAAGGCUGCAGGCUCUGGUUGUCACAGAAGGCUUGAAGUUCCUGUUUUUACAGCCUUUCUUUCUUUUUCCUUCCUUCCUUCCUUCCUUCCUUCCUUCCUUCCUUCCUCUCUCUCUUUCUGUCUCUCUCUCUCUCUUUCUUUUCCUACUUAAAACUUUGGUACUUCAUGUAAAAUUGUUAUCCUUAAGUAUAAUAAUUUCAUGAGCCCUAGCCAGGGUAGCGUGCCCUUGCUAAGGACUCAGCAUGGCCGGCAUUCUGGCUUUGGUUGCUGCCAGUUGGAAACGAUAUAAAUAGACAUUCCUUCUCUCUCUCCAGUCUUUUGUUCUGUUUUUUGUUUUUGGGUUUUUUUUUUUUUUUUCCCUCUUCCUUCUGGUUGUUUAUUUUUUACCUAGAGCCUGGCUGGUAUUACUGUUGCAAUUAUCUCCAACUGGAGCUAGUCUUUUUAAAUCUGUAUUAGUAAUGGUCAUAGAGAGGAGUCACUUCGAAACAUGUACCAUGAAAGCUGAGGUUCUAUAUUAUGAAUUAUGAAAGAGAGUAGGUCAUGUGUGGUUUUCUGUAGAGUUUGGGACAUUUUAAGUAUAACACAUGAGAAGCUUAAGGCAGCCUCAUAAUAUUUGUAUUACCAUUUAACCCAGUUAAGGAAAAGAAUAAAUUUUUUGACUGAAA